AUGACGGAUGGGAAGUGGACCAUGGGCCCUCUAGCAGUCACUACACUAUUGGGCAGAGUAUAUAUUAAGAAGGAUGCGGACUUUGCAAGCAAGUUUCUGCGAGGGAGGUUUUUCCUGUUCAUCUUCGUGGUGGGAAUCGGUGGAAGCUUCCAGUUUGGAUUCAACGUCUCUGCCAUCAAUUCGCCGUCAGAGUAUAUUAAGAACUUCAUCAAUGAAACGUGGAUCGAUCGAUAUGAAACUCCGCUGCCGGAGUAUUCAUUAAUGCUCCUGUGGUCCUUCAUUGUAGCUGUGUACCCAGUUGGAGGAUUGGUGGGGGCACAAUUUGCUGCCGUUUUAACGGUGAGAUAUGGAAGGAAGAAAUCGCUGCUCUGUAAUAACCUAGUGGUGAUUGCAUCAGCACUCAUAAUGGGAUUCAGCAAGAUGGCUAGAUCAUUCGAGAUGAUUGUAGUUGGACGGUUUCUCUAUGGAAUUGGCACAGGUAUUGGGUUGGUUGCCCACGGCUUGUACCUUGGAGAAACGGCACCAAAGGAAUUUCGAGGAGCUGUGUGUCUGACCCGCGCUGUAUUUAACGCCAUUGGGAAGUGCACGGGCUUGGUGGUUGGGCUCAGGGAAAUUCUAGGUGAUGAAAACAAAUGGCACUUGUUGCUGGCCUUCAGUGGACUACCUGCCCUCAUUCAACUGGUCAGCCUGCCCUGGUUUCCAGAGAGCCCCAGGUAUCUACUCAUGGAGAAAGGGGACAAAGCUCUCUGCAUAGAUGCUCUCCAAAGAUUGCGGGGUCCGGGUGAUUUCACUGAGGAAGUUGAUGAAAUGAUGGCGGAACGAGCUCAAGUACAAGGAGUUACCAAAAGCAACCUUGUACAGCUCUUCUCAGACAAAGCGGUGCGGUGUCAACUCCUAACUGGUAUUGUGGUCAGCGUAGGCAUGCAGCUGAGUGGCAUCAACAUUAUCUAUUUUUAUGCAAAUGAAGUUUAUCAGCAGCUGGGGAUUCCCAAGGACAAGAUUUUAUACGUGGGGAUAGCAGCGAGCGGAAUUGAAAUAGUGACUUCAGUAAUAUGCGGAUUCAUUAUUGAACGAGCUGGAAGGAAGGUCCUGCUCUGGAAAGGGUACACCUUCAUGGCCAUGUGGAUAUUACUGUUGAUUAUUACACUCAGUGUGAAGGAAUACUUCACCUGGAUUCCAUAUUGCAGCCUGGCCUUCAUCUUCGCUUACAUCUUCACCUUUGGGAUCGGCCCAGGUAGUGUUAGCGGAGUCUUGCCAUUGGAGAUAUUCACUCAGUCUAACCGCUCGAUCGCCUUGGUGGCGGCAAACAGCCUCCAGUGGCUGUCUCUCUUUGUCCUGGGACUCGUGUUUCCCUUCAUUGUUGAGGUCCUGGGACCAUUCUCCUUCUUCCUGUUCUUUGGAAGCUGUGCCUCGGUGGCAAUCUUCAUGUUUUACAUCCUCCCCGAAACGAAAGGAAAAACCCUUCUCCAAAUCAACGAGGAGUUCAGCACCCUGCGCCAGGCGAGGAGGGGAAUGUGCCCCUGCCUCUGGAAGGCAGCCGCUCCGAACCACACGGCGGCUCUGUCUACAAGACUGUAA